AUGGAAAAGAUUCCUCCUCCACCGUACCCUGUUGCUGAGUUAGGAUACUCAGAUUUCACAGUAUUCGACUCCGCUGAGGCGUACGCCUAUACCAAUCCAGCAGUGUCACUUGCUGAACCCAUGUACCAGCCGGAGAUAAGCGUGGUCCAGCAGGGUCCUGUCUUCAUGCAGCCUGCGUUCCAGCCUGCCUCAGUGAUGAUGCAGCCAGAAGUAACGGUGGUGCAGCCUGCACCUGCUCCGGUGAUCAUGCAGCCCAUGCAGCCAGAAGUAACGGUGGUGCAGCCUGCACCUGCUCCGGUGAUCAUGCAGCCCAUGCAGCCAGAAGUAACGGUGGUGCAGCCUGCACCUGCUCCGGUGAUCAUGCAGUCCAUGCAGCCAGAAGUAACGGUGGUGCAGCCUGCACCUGCUCCGGUGAUCAUGCAGCCCAUGCAGCCAGAAGUAACGGUGGUGCAGCCUGCACCUGCUCCGGUGAUCAUGCAGCCCAUGCAGCAGCCGGUAACAGUGGUGAAGCCCGUAGUGGUUGUGACACCACGUGAUGUACCUGUACAGAUGCAGUGUACUUACUGCCAGCAGCACAUCCUCACGGUAACAAAGCCGGUCCCUGGACUCCUCACCUGGAUUAUAUUUGCUUCUCUCUUCGUGUUCUUAAUAUGGCCGUUCUGUCUGAUUCCUUUCUGUGUGCAUUCCUGCAACGACGUGGAGCAUCGGUGUCCUCUGUGCAGACAAGUUCUGCACAUUCACAAACGCAUGUGACACGCUCCACACCUGCGAAACCAGGAGCGCCACAAGAAUACCGAGCCAUCGAGGCUGUUUCAAAGAGAUCAACAGUUAUA